GAGUGAGAGUAGUGAAGGUGCUUAUAAUGUGUUUUCUUCAUCCCCUGGAGAUGAAAGCAUUCCUAGUUGCGAGUGCUUGGAUUGGCAAAGGAACUAUCUCCCUUGCAAACAUAUGUUAGCUGUCAUCAUGAGUGCUGACGGAUGGAGUUGGGAAGAUCUUCCAGUGGAAUAUCAAGAAUCUCCAUACUUGACCUUGGACAAAGAAGUUCUUUUUCAAAAUGUUAAUGACAUGGAACUGCCCACACUUGUCCAAGAUCAGGAGUUAUAUAACUCUUGCAACAUGCCACCUCGACCCAACACAGGUGUGGAAGGCGCACAUAACAGUUGUAGCAUGACUGAGACUCCUUGUUCCAACAAAGAUUCUAUGAGUGCACCUACAAGUACAUCUGAAAUACCAAAAAAAUAUAGAUCCCAAACGAACACUUGUGACCAGAUGUUGUGA